CCUUACCCUGCGUCCUCCCCGCAAUGGAGCAACCAAUCAUCCGCGCAUCAACCCUAGACAUUAGGCACGCGGGCGUCCCUAAUCGACACUGCAACUAAUUGUACGCAACAGUUAUACCUAGUUACCAACCACCCGACCAAAGUAUUCAUGUUUCGUGAUGCAUUCUCGGACUUAGCCAUUUUACACUUUACCAUUCCUCACAUAGGAUGGUCAGACCCCAUUCUAUCUGCAUCCGGACCCACUCUUUUUUCAAUCAUUUCGAUUUGUCCUAUCAUUCUCCCUGCAAUGCCGUUCCGGCUAGUUUGCGACUACCUUUCCAGUCGAUAUCUCCCACCCUGCUCAUCCACUUUUUACAUGCAUUCAUGACUCCCGUUCAUUUGUUGUUCCUCCAAUCAGACGCUGUCGUUCAAUCUGUGCUGUUAGCCGCAAGGAUUUUCUCCUUUUUUUAUUCUUUAUUCAAAUUUCUCGUGGACUCGAAUUCCCGGAUUUUAGGUGGAAACAAAUGCAUUUUUCCGGUCUGCCUACAACCCCCGUCGCUGCUCUGGCCCAGCGUUCGAAUAUCCGCACUUCCUCACAAGAAUCACUAUUGCGGCUGGAUAGAUAAAAAAAUCAUUCCAGAGUUUGCCAGCUUUACUGUGCUAUGGCCAAGGCGCACGCUCAACCAGGUGGUGAUUCGCAUGAUGUGCCUUGUGCACACUUCUUGCACCCAGGAGUGGAGACUGCUGUGCCCGCGGAUUUCCUCGCGUAUUCGUGUGGAAAAUGGAUGCAGGAAACGGGCCGCGUUCAUUGCAAUAAGAUACCCCGGGCUAAACAUUCAGGAUGGAACUCCGCCACUCAGAUGUGGAUGUGAUGGCCUUUGCAGCCGAUUCGGGUGUUCCCGCUAUUCUGACAGGCAUUUUGCAUGGAACGCACGCCAUGAAUUGGCCGGGAUGGUUGCCUUGCUGACAGACCACGAGGCCGAAACCUUCUUCAUGCAGUUGUUCUCUAUAUUGGCGCGGGAAAUCAUUACUUGCAUGCUGCCCGUGUCUGGUAGUAGUACAAAGGGACGUCCCGUUGAACAUUCUAAAUAAACUCACAUGCCAAUCAUUGCUAAAAGAGAACAUUUGUAACACGCCCUUCCCCGAACAUAUCCCGACUGUUAUCCGGAUCGUUUUUCGUGUAAUUCGGAAGGAAAAUUACGAAUCCACCCCCCCUCCCCUUGGCAUGCGAAGAAGAUACCACUUAUUCAAAGAUCCUGGCACGCAUUGAUCCAGAGCUGGUUCAAUUUCGCUUCGGGGUUAACCAUCGUGGAAAGUGG